UUCGAACAUCCUGGAAGUUUUGAAAAACUGGAAAAGGUUCAAAGAAUGUAAUAUUGGCACUUUUCAAAAAAUAUUACAUACUAAAAUACAGAAUGUGUAAGAGUAUUACAAAUUUUUGACCUGGAGAAGGAAAUACUUUGUCUGAAGGCUUGGAAAAAAAAUUUGUACACAUUGUGGAGGUUAUGUUGUGACAUUUUUUCUCGUUUUUCGUGCGUUUAAGGGCGCACAAACUAUAAUAAUUACGUUUGGAGGAUCUCAGGAGAAGAGUUCACAUAAUUUAAAUCAAAUAUGGCAUCAAAAGAUUCCAUAGAAAUGGAUCAGGAACUCGCGAAACGGCUUUUCACUGAAGGAGCUACUGUAGUUCUUUUAGACGUGCCUAAAGGCACGGACUUUGGAAUUGAUAUAAAAUCCUGGAAUACUGGAGAGAAUUUCAAGGGAAUUAAAAUGAUACCUCCUGGAUUUCAUUACGUCCAUUACAGUGCUGUGGACGAAUUUGGAGAUAUCGCUCCUCGAGUAGGUUUCAUUCAUUGGUUUAGUAAAUCAGAAUUCUUAGUCAAACGCUGGGAUCCCAAGGAAGAAGAGCUCAGUUCAGAACCUGUUCCAGAAGAAAUCGUACAAAGAUUGAAAGAUAAUCUUAUGAAUUUGGACAGAUAUUUAGGACCUUAUCCUUAUGACACCUGGAAACAGUGGCAAGAAUUAACAAAUAGAAUUGAUUCCACCAUCAUCGAGAGAUGCGCGCCAGUCUGUGGAUACAUACGAUCGGCUUUGGAAUUAGAAAACUGUGACGAUAAAUCGAGACCUAGAGGAGCGGAAACUAGUCGAAAAAGGAAAAGAGGAGCAUGUCUGUCCGACGAGCAAAAAGAGCAAGAACUUUUGCCGGAUUUGAAACCGAAAGCCGGCACAGAACUUCGAUUAACUGAGUUGCCAAAUUUGCAUUAUCCGGAAGGUUCAACGCCUGCCGAAAUUACUAAACAUUCUCUCGACUCUUCUUAUACUUUGGAUCUUCUAUUGAGCAAAUUAAAGCAGCCAAUUGAAAUAAUUGGAGAGCUGCAACUGGCCUACGUUUGUUUUCUGGCUGGGCAAAGUUUAGAUGCCUUUGAACACUGGAAAUUAUUAGUAUCUCUGAUUUGUCGUGCGGAUUCGGCAAUUUCAGUUCGUCGUCUCAUUUACAUUGAAUUCUUAAGAACACUGGAAGCUCAACUGGCUCUUAUUCCAGAGGAGGUUUUGUACGAUAUCGUUGCAAGUAAUAAUUUUGUUUAUCACAAUCUCCGAAGGCUUUUUGCUAACAUAGAGUCGAAUAGCGAGGUGGACGCACGACUCAAAUCUGAAGCGGUUCGAAUGCGAGACAGAAUUUCGACGAAAUUUGUCUGGGAUUUUUCCAAUUUGCAAGAAGAAGAGGAUGAUGAGGCUCCGGUUGUCGUAAGCCUUGAUGCCGAAUAAUUCACAGAAUCAAUAAAUACGCAUGUAAUUUAUAUUUGUAAAUAUAUUUGAAAAAA